AUGGUAAAAGAGGCUGAGCCAAGACAAUUCACAGCAAACCAGGCAGAGAAGUACCUGCGGGGAAUCACCACAAGCGAGUCAAUACUAAACGGAAUGAAAAGAAUAUCGCUGUUCAAGGGCAUCGAUGCUGUCAAAUACCUCAUGAACGCAAGAAACCUUUCCACGAGCGAUGCAAAAACCGUAAUUUCAACCCUUUUGGACAACCACUACAUUGUGCGCGUAAGGCCCUCCGGCGACCAGCACACACUCGACAUCUCCUACGAUUUUAACAUAAACCACGAGUACAUCUGGAUAAAAGAGGGGUCAAAAACAUUCUUGUUUCUAAUGAGCAUACUGGGCCUGAUGUUUGCGCUAACCAUCGCCAUGUUCCCGAUUUGGCCCAGAAGUCUGAAGGUUGUAACAGGGUAUCUUUUCUAUGUGCUGAUAGGAAUAGUCAUUUCUCUUUUAUCUAUCACAGUUGUUCGAUUUGUCCUGUAUAUUUCCAUAUGGCUGGCAACGCGCCGUAGCUUCUGGCUGUUCCCCAACCUGUACGCAGAGUGCGGAAUUCUGGAGAGCUUUGUGCCGCUCUAUGGAUGGGACCAGGAGGAAGAAGAAGCCGGCCCAGAUGCCGCACAGAAAGCUGAAGCAAAAAAGAUUAAAGAUAAAUAA